AUGUCGUGCUGUGAUGCAGGCAGAGAGGAUACAGCGCGCGGCAGCAUCCUCUACAGCAUCCUCAGAGGCGCUGACUGUCCGCAGCGGCGCGUGGAGGCGGCCGCUACGCACCGGCUGUGCUCCUGCGCGUCCAACAGGAAACUGGUGGUCACGCGAGCUCCGCAGUUAGUUUUCAAAGCGGCCUCCGAAGUGCUCGUAAAAACUUUCAGGUUCGUGAAGAGUGUGCCGUGCUUUCGGGGUUUGCCGGCGGAAGACCAGCUCCGGCUUGUGCGCAACAGCUGGGCGCCGCUGCUGGUUUUGGGCAUGGUGCAGGACGCCGUGGACUUCGACACGGUGGAGACGCAGCAGCCCAGUUUGUUACACAGGAUCUUAACGCACAGCGAAGAGCACACGCCGACCGAGAUUCAAGACCCCGGGGUGCCCGUCGGGGAUGUGGAGGGAAUCAAAAUGUUUCUGGUCAAGUGUAGAGGACUGAGGAUCAGCGUCAAGGAAUACGCGUUUCUGAAAGGAGCGAUUCUGUUCACCCCAGUGAGUGAGCUGGAGUGUCGGGACUACAUCCAGGCGCUGCAGAGGGAGGCUGAGCGCGCGCUUUACGAGCACGUGAGGACGGUCCACCGGGGGAGCAGACUGCGCGCGGUCCUCAACACCUUGCGCGCCACGGAUCCGGACGCGGUGGCACGGCUCUUCUUCACACCCGUGACUGGCACGAGCAGCACAGAUGAACACGUGCUCGCUAUAUUUUAUGAGAGGUAGAAACCGAAAUAAAGGGAAAGGAACUGAGAGACAGACGCACAAGGUUUCAUUUGAUGUAUUUAUGCAUCUGCCUAUAUGUUUACUUGUUUUUUUUGUAACUGCUGUCAGCCUACAUUGCUCAUAGCAUUAACUGCACAUUAUGAAUGCUGUUGGAUAAAAACAAUUCUGCUGCACAAGGUGAUUUUUUAUGUUUUUUAGGUCUGUAUGGGGAGUACUCCAGACACAAUAACCUCAAUAAAUGACUGAGUGACA